GUAGGGGCUCUCCCACUGCACAGCUUGAUAUGAAUAACUAGUGUUGCGUCCGUCCAGACGCCCUCGAGGAGGGGGUCCCAUCUCCCAUCGACGUCCUCCUCUUGGAGCUAACGGCAGAGGUAACCGGGUGGGUUUUUGUAGUUCGCUAGCCCAACUGCUGGCUUCAGUCGAAUAAAACGCUACUUGAUCGAGGAUCAGGACCACUACAUAGCGACGCCUUCCAUUCUUCUCCUCCUUUGCUCCAUCAUGAGCGCCAACAACAAGAACCUUGAAUAUGGAUGGUCUUCUUGGCUCAGAAGGGGUACCAAGUCUUUCGGCUCAAGGAAUCAACAGAAGAACAAGCAGCCCAGACAAGGGAAUGACAAAGAGACACUGGUUCGCUUUGGCAUCACCGACCAGUUGCAGGAAUUAGUCAAGGGUUUCACCUUGGACACCUUCAAGAAGCACCAACAAGACGAUGGCGGAGUUGGUGAGCCAGAGAACGCCCCUUUGGUCGGUAACGUUAGGCAGGAUCUCACCGAAUGGCAAGUGAAGCAUGCCAAUCUUAUGCUCUCCAAUGUCAAGGAAAUUUCUCAACUUAGGUAUGUUUUAUGUCCUCGUCAUAUGAAGGAGAGACAGUUUUGGGACAUUUAUUUUAAGCUUGUCAAGAAUCAUGUGCAACAAUACGAAUUACUUGCUGCACGAGAAUCCAGACUCAAUUCAUUGGAGCUUGAAGACAGUGGAAGUUCAAGAACUGCAUCAGUCUGUGAAGUUGAAAUGAUGGAUGCAAAUAACCUACAUGCAUCAAUUUCAUCAUCAGGUGCCUAAGUGAUGGUGUGCUUUUCCUUUCCAUUGAACAGUGAAGCAUUUGGGUCUUGAAGAAACACAGUUGCAAUGAUAUUGAAAUAAGAAUGCAGAGCCAUGUAGAUGAUGCAUGAGGAUCAGCCUGCACCAUAUGCAUGCUCAAAUUGUUCUGCUAUUACUCCAGUGAUGCUGAGAUGCAAUUUAAUCUUGUCAAAUAACAUCUUGGCAUGCUAGAGAAGAUUGAGUUGAAUUCCUGUUAGGAAAAAGCAUUGAAGAUUGCUGACAAGUUUUUUCAGUUCCUGAGUAUGAAUUAAACUGCUCUGUGGUCGUCAUGGUAGAAGUACGAUUGGUAACAAGGGAUGUCAGUAUGAAUUUAACCUUAUGGCCUCUGGUGUGAGUAUCAUUCGAGUCCUGCCUUGUAGAUGUUGGUACCUCUGUUACAAGAAAAUGAAAUUAUCCAUUGUAAUAUGAUGAAUGUACUUGUAAUGGUGAAUUCUAUUACUGGUUUUUGUGUCCUCUUA